AGAGUUACAGACUUGAAGAGUGAGAAGGAGAAAGCAGCAGAAGAAGAAAUGGAAGGCAAAGAAGAAGAUGUGAGGUUGGGAGCAAACAAGUUCUCAGAGAGACAACCAAUCGGAACAGCAGCUCAGAUGACUGAGGACAAAGAUUACAGAGAGCCACCACCAGCUCCUUUCUUUGAACCAGGAGAAUUAGGUUCAUGGUCUUUCUACAGAGCUGGUAUUGCUGAAUUCAUAGCUACUUUUCUGUUCCUAUACAUCUCCGUCUUGACUGUUAUGGGUGUUGCUGGUGCCAAAAACAAGUGCCAGUCUGUUGGUAUUCAAGGUAUUGCUUGGGCUUUUGGUGGUAUGAUCUUUGCCCUUGUCUACUGUACCGCCGGUAUCUCAGGAGGACAUAUUAACCCUGCAGUGACAUUCGGUUUGUUAUUGGCAAGAAAAUUGUCAGUGACAAGAGCAGUGUUCUACAUGAUCAUGCAGUGUCUUGGUGCCAUCUGUGGUGCCGGUGUUGUCAAAGGUUUCCAACCAAGUAAAUACCAGAUGCUGAACGGUGGUGCCAACUUUGUAGCUCCUGGUUACACCAAGGGAGAUGGUCUUGGUGCUGAAAUUGUUGGUACUUUUGUUCUUGUUUACACCGUUUUCUCCGCUACUGAUGCCAAACGUAACGCCAGAGACUCCCAUGUCCCUAUCUUGGCACCACUUCCAAUCGGGUUCGCAGUGUUCUUGGUGCAUCUGGCAACUAUCCCCAUCACCGGAACUGGUAUCAACCCAGCAAGGAGUUUGGGUGCAGCCAUCAUUUACAACAGAGGCCACGCUUGGGAUGACCACUGGAUCUUCUGGGUUGGACCAUUCAUUGGAGCAGCUCUUGCAGCUAUGUACCAUGUGAUUGUCAUCAGAGCUAUUCCAUUCAAAUCAUCAAACAAAUGUUGAUUUCUGAAUGAAUGAAUCAGUCUCUUUGUGAUUUCCAUUUCUGCUUUGUUUUUUCUUUUUAAGUUGUUGUAAGUAUGUAUCUGUCAUGUGUGUGUGUGCAAGAAUGAAGUGGUUUGAUCUUCUUCUCUCCAUUUGAUCAUCAAGUCUAAAAGUCGACAAAUAGUACUAGUACUAGUGGUGUUGGUAGAGAUAAUCAGUUCCUUUGCUUUGAAUUUAAGUUAUUUAGAAAGUGAAAUAUUUGUCAAAAGAAAAUGUACAGACUACAGACGAGGGGCUAUUCAGGAAUCAGCCAAAUCAGAUCAGGCUUCCUCAUAAGCUACUACUAGUGAAGAAGCUGUUGUCCAUCUCUAUCUAUUAUUACUAGCUAGCUACGCAUGUGCUUUGAAUAAGAUUUAUCAUGGUUGUGGUCCUUGUGGAUGCAUCAUCUAUCAGUUUUCUCCUUUUUACUUC